UUUGUUUGAAACAAUUUAUAAAUAACAACAGUACUGAAACCUAAAAAAAAUCGGAGGCCGAAGUUCCCUAGUGCACCUUCAAUAAUACUAAUGAUGUUUUAUAUUUCAGUGCAUGUCACAAGGUUUUGUUGAAAUCAUUUUCAGAGUCUGGUUGUGGGACGUCUCUUAUCCUGGACGAGUUUGUUAAAGAAACAAUCUCAUUCCACUGUGAAUAUGAUGAUAAGUUUAAAUCACACACCAAAGUCUUCUACAGACUGAAAGAGGGUCCUGUCCAUGUGCUGAACAGCUCACAAUCAUCACAAUCAUCUGAGGAGAAGAUCAUUCUGUCUGACAGUCAUCAAGAUCAUUUUACUGUGACCAUUAGAGACAUUUCUGCAGACGACGGAGGAGUUUAUUUAUGUGGAGUGGAGAGAUACGGAUCAGAUCCAUCAAUUACAAACAUAUCCUUCAUUAAAGAGAUUCAGCUGAAUAUAUAGUGAGUUUAGUUUAUUUUUAAUGAAAAAUUCCUUACAGCUCUAAAUAAGAAAUGUAAAUCCAUCAUGACUUUUAAUAAUUUAAUAAAUCAAGAAAUAAUUCUCAUUUAGCAGGUGGAAUCACGUCUGUCCAGGUUCAGGCCUACUCCAGUAAAUCAGUCUUCAUCACGUGUAAAUUUCCACAAGAGUUCAGAAGAAACAAGAAGUUCAUCCAGAAAGAUUCAUCACAGAAGAUUAUUGUUGAUGAACAGAAUCAAUGGGUCCAUCAUGGUAAAGUUCACAUGUAUGAUGAUUCCAGUGAAGGACUUCUGAAGGUUUUUAUCAGUGAUUUAACCCCAGAUGAUGGAGGGACGUACAGGUGUGGAGUGAAUAUCACUGAUGAUGAUCUGUUCACUGACGUCACACUGACAGUAAAUCAAGUUGAUCAUUUUCGUGCAUCAAGUAAAGCAUCUGCUGUUAUUGGUGAAAGUGUGAAUCUCACCUGCGAUUUCCCUGAGGAACACGGCGAGACCUUCAAACACAUCUGCAGAGAGAACGAGCAGAAGAUAUGUGAGAGCAUCAGUUCAUCAGAGCAGAAACGCUUUGAGUUUUCUGUCAGUACAGCAGGAGUUUUUACAGCGAUCAUCAGUAAUGUGAGCGAGAGAGAUGCUGGAGUUUACUGGUGUGGAGCAGAAACCAGAGACACACAUCUGACUUCUGUCUCUCUCACCAAUCAACAUCACCUCACUGUGACCAUGCCUCCAGUGGUCGGACGUGAAGGAGAUUCAUCAGAGAUCAAAUGCCCUUAUAAUGAAAAACAUUCAAGAGAAGUAAAGCAACUUUGCAAAGGAAAGUGUUUCACUGAAGGUGCUCAAAAUAUCAUUCGAUCAGAUGAAGCUAAUAAAAAGAUUUCAGCAAAGGAUGAUCGUGAACUCAAUCUCUUCACUGUGACCUUGAGUGAGCUGAGAGCAGAGGAUGCUGGGAUAUACUGGUGUGCAGUGAGAGAUGAGUUUAAUCUUCACACUGAACUCAUGAUCGUCAUGAAAGAUGCGGUCACUCGUGAAGCGUCUGUCGGAGGAUCAGUGUCCAUCAGCUGUAAGUUCAUCAGGAAUCACACGAGGUUUUUCUGCAGAGGAGAUCAGCCGAACAUCUGUGUGCGAGACGGAGUUCGUGUUUCAUCGAAUAAGAGAAGAAAUGGCCGAUUCUCUGUGACUGAUGAAACCUCAGCUGGAGUCUUUACUGUGAACAUCAACAACCUGACAGAAGAGGAUUCUGGGAAAUACUGGUGCGCAGAGGAGAGUUCUGGGUCGUUCAUUUUCACUGAAGUUCAUCUACAUGUGAUUGGAGGCUCUUCUAUGAUAGUUGCUGUUUCUGUGGGUUUGAUCCUGCUGGCUGUGUGUUUAGUGCUCGUGUUGCUCAAAAUAAAAUACAACCGUAAACACGGCAUCGGUUCAUCGACUCCAGCACAAUUACCCACAAUCCCCUCUGAUGGGCUCCUGUGCACUGCUGUCAGUUUCCAGAAGCAUGAAGAGUCUCUCAGUGAUGCUGCUCUUGCCUUCAGCAACGAGGAGAUUGACUCGGAUUACACCACGGUCAUUUACCACAUCAUGACAAAUUCAUUUUAGUUCAGCCUAAAGAAACUCUGGGCUUAUUAUCAUCACACUGAUGUUAUUACAUGCUAUUCUGCUUCAGCUCUCUAUCCAUCGCUAAAUUACAUGUAUGUGUUUGUAUGUUAGAAUAAUGUAAGUGUUUAGUUAAUAAAGUCUUGUUCGUGUCACACCUAUAGUUGUUUCUAGUUCAUGCUCACAUACUGGAGUCCCUGAUCAUGCGCCACCAGCACCUUGCACUAUAUAGUUUGAUUGUCAGUACCACAAAUGUGUACUUCAUCAUCUUUGUUCUUCAUCUUUGUCAGCGGCUUUAUGAGGCUUUUUUCCUUGCCUUUACUCUCCCUCUCUCUUUUCGUUUUUCACCAUUCGAUGCAGUCUCUCUGGUUCAGAUACAACGUUCAAAUGCAAUUUACAGCAACUAUCUGGGUUAUUUGUAUUGACAGAUAUAUGAGAUCCUCUCAAAAUGUGUGGUUUUAGAAUGAUAAUAUUGCCCCUCCUGCCUAUUAUGACCAAAUAAUUGAUUUACACACAUUUGAU